GCGGGUUUUUGAAUGGGUUGGUUUUGAGCUUUGAUUGGUAUAUCAUAUUGAACCUUCCACAUAGUAUAUUGGCAACCCACUGUGCAGAAGUGUUUGACAGUGUGGUUGAGAAAAAUUAAUCAGUCUGUGUUAAUUCUAUCACGAUACUAGACAUCAAUACUUUCCUUAGAUAACUAGACAUCAAGGAUAGGAUUUAAUGUAGAAAGGACAGAGCAAAAAGUCGAUUGGGACCCAAGUCGGUCACUUUGCAUGUCCUUACAAGUUCAUUUAUUUCAAGAAGGCGACUGCUAUAGCAGCCGACAUAAAUAAACAUGAACAAACGCGUAAUAUUAAAGCUGAGUAUGAUGUUUACCUGCAAAUGACGUGUUAAUGUGCUUGUGGAGUUGUUGGUGCAUUCACUUCUAAGUAGUUCUACUAAAUGCUUAUGUAAUUUACAGAUAUAGAUACAUAUAUAUGCUUAUAUGCAUUUGCUGUAUCUGAUGACUUGUCUUGGCAAUUAGUUCGAGGUUUAUAAUGGUUGAUAGCUUAGGUAAGAGUUAUGCGAUCCAAGUCAGAGCUUCCGAAUUGUUUAUUUCGCAUGUUUUUCAGACCCUAUUAUUUCUGGGUCCUAUCUUUAUUUACUGUUUAUCGAGUUAAUUAAUUUAUGUGCUUUGCAUCCUCACGUGUCACCUGUGGUGGUACUAAAAAAAUCGUAAAUAUCAAAAUUUUGUGUGGUGUUGAACUGAUACAAGGAUUCAGCUGGUCAAACUGAAUUCUUAAUCCUGAUAACAUUCCAUUCUUUUGAUCUAUCACGACCUCAAAUGGUUAGUAUGUCAAGUCUUUUUGGCGAGAUCUGUCAAUUAUUUUGUUGUCCCCCCCGACCUUCUCAUAUCGUGGCGAAAUUGGCAUUUCUACCGCCACCACCAACUUAUUCUAUCAUAUCAUCAGCGAAUGAUUCCACAUGUUGCAUUGAGUUCAAACCUGAAGCUGGCUGGCAAAUAUCCGAGGACAUAAAAUCCAAGUUAACGGUUUUCUAUACUUUGACAAAGCGUCAAUCUCGAAUUGUUUGUAUGCAUAUCCCAGCGAAUUCUGUUGUCUCACCUUCUCAAUUCUCGUCAAAUAUAUCCUCUCGUCGUGGCCUUUCUGGUCAAUCAAGAAUGAGAAGUCCUGCACUUAGUGUUAGUUGUCCAACUCUUACAGACGAAGGUCGGUUCGGAUCAGUUCAACCUAACUCACCACAUCAACCAACUUAUACGGUAUUAUUCAGUCAUGGAAACGCAGUUGAUAUUGGUCAGAUGGCUGGAUUUCUUCAGUCACUAGCAUAUCGUUUCAGUGUAAAUAUCUUAUGCUAUGAUUAUUCAGGUUAUGGGGGAAGCUCUGGUCAACGGUUAGAAGAGAAUUUAUAUGCUGAUGCUGAUGCAGUAUUGAAUGAAUUACGUGAACGAUUUAAUGUGCCGCUUAAUCGGAUUGUAUUAUAUGGACAGAGUAUUGGGACUGCUCCAACAGUUGAAUUAGCGACUAAAUAUAAAGUUGCUGGUGUAGUUCUUCAUUCACCAUUUAUGUCUGGUCUACGCGUCGUCUGUCCUGGAACAACUAGACGUUUCUGUUUUGAUCCAUUCACGAACAUUGAUAAAGUAUCUCGGAUUCUUUCACCAACAUUAAUUAUCCAUGGAACUGAUGAUGAGAUCAUUGGCAUAGAUCAUGGAAGAGAAUUGUAUUCUCGUCUUACUAAUCCUCUUGAACCAGCUUGGAUUGAAGGAGCAGGUCAUAAUGAUAUCGAAUUAUUUUCUGAAUAUGCAUCUCGUUUAGAUCGAUUUUUUAAUGAAGAUAUCAUUGAUACAGAGUAUAGUGGAAGUCCUUCAAAUAUAAUCUCUUCUGUAGAAGAAUCUCUUCAUGUUGAAGAAACCCCAGAUCUUAAUCAGAAAAUAUCAGAUCAUACGAAGUCUUUCACUAUGUUUAAGAAGAAUGGUAUUUCAAGUUCUCAGUCAUCAAAUUGUGGUAAUAUUUCUGAGGUUCCUGAUGGUGCUGCCAUGGAUACGGCGACAUCGAGUAUGUCUACAGACUCUACUUCAAGUGCAACAACUGUACAAAAACUUGAGUCCAUCACUGGUGAUGUCGCUGUAGGCAUUUAUAGUGACAAUGAGAAGAUUAACACAAACGGUGCAGUCACACAUUCAACUAACUCGUCAGAUACUUUGAACAGUAAUCCAAAUGGAAUGCCAUCUGAUUCUAGCACUACUCAAUUACUGAGUUAGAAGUUAAUUACUUGUGGUUACUGUUGUGUGAGUAUUUUGAUUUUGGAAAAACAUUUAACUUCUAUUCAUGCAAUCAGCAUGGAUAUUAAUGGAACUUGCAGUUAUCAAUAAUCUUUUGCAUUACACAUAGUAAUGAAAAUAAUAAUAAUAAUAAUGUAUUUCUAUUCUAAUGUUACAUUUCCACAAUUGUUUUCGUAAUUUCUUAUGAUUAUUACACAUAUUUACUUGUUAUUAUUAUUACUAUUAUUGUUGUUGUUGCAUUUCAACGUUUGUCUGCUGCCAAUCUAAUUGUAAAUGAAAUCAAAUAGUUGACAUUUCGUAUUAUUUUUUUUUCAAAAAUAUUUGUUUAAAUGUGUUACUGUUUUCCAUUCCUUUCAAUGAUACUUUGUUCAUGUUGUCAAGUUGUCUUUUUUUUUGUGUAUAUGUUCUGUUUGUGCAUUUCUAUGAUCUGGAAACUAAGGAAACAAUGUAAGUAUUGUUGUGUUUGGUAAUCCUACUUGUUUGUUUUAAAUGUUGACUAUAUCUGUUUGUUUGUUUGUUUUCUCUUAAAUUUACUCAUUUUUUUUUAUUAUCUCUAUAAUUAAUUUACCAUAAAUGUAAACUAAUGUUUACGUGUUAAAUUAUGCUCAAUAUGUUGUUCAUUGUCAAAUUCACUGCAUAUUUAUAUAAUGAUGAAUAAACUAAUGCGUUUAUGUGUAUUGAUGUAAUUGAUGAAUUUUAUAUGUGUAUCAUUGUUUUAUUGAACCUUAAUGACUUACACUUUUUUAUAAAUUGUAUUCUUCAUAGACUUUGAAUAGAAUGAAUUUUGAUGGUUUCUACUGUUUGUUUGAUUAUUUCAUUUGUUUGUUUGUACUUUUUUCUCUAUUGUAUGCUUCUUUUCAUUUUCUCUUCAUAUUGUCAUUUAUGUUCCAUAGUUAUGUCUAUAUGCUAUUGGUUUUAAUUUUUGUCUGAUCUUUUUUUGUUUUAGGUUAUGAAUAUGUACCAGUUUAGUUAUACUUGUUACUUAAUAUUCUAUCAUAAAUUGUAUUGUUAGUUUUAUUCUCUUUACUCUCUUGUAUGUUUAACAAGUAUACAUGUGUAGUAAUUUAUUUUAUUCUAAAUGUUUAUAAUUGAGUUUGUUCUUCUCUGUUUUUAUGUAAAUGAGUGAAGGAAGCAAUGGAGGAUCAUUACUGUUGUCAGGUUUUUAUUCUUUUUUUAAAAAAAUAAUAUACAUUUAAUCAACU